AUGAAUUCUUUAAAACCACCAGAUAAUGGUUGGGAAUAUUUUUACCUGUUUGUAAAAGAUCCAUUGAAAGAUUUGAAAGAUUCUUCUCCUUCUUCUUCAAAUAAACAAGAGAACAAAAUUUAUUUUUAUGAUGAUGAAGGAAAUAAAAUCAUAUUUUUUAACGUGUUAUGGGAUACCAUGUUUAAAUAUAAACAAAUAGAUUAUGAUAAAUAUUAUAAAACUAUUGAGGAUUAUGCGGAAAAGGUUAGACAAAAAAUUUACGAGAAAAAAAAGAAAAACCUAUCAAAACUGAAUUUCCAGGAAUUUUUUAAAUUAUUUCAAGAAGAAAUUAAAAAUAAAGAUAUUUUGGAUUUUUGUAAAG